GGCGCAGCCGGGCCGGCCCCAUCCGGCUCAGAAAGUCCCUGUCCCACCCCCCCCCCCCGUUAGGGGCGCGAUGUGCCGCCUCCCGGGGCUGGUGGUGUUUGACCUGGAUUACACCCUGUGGCCCUUCUGGGUCGACACCCACGUGGACCCCCCCUUCCAGCGGGACAGGGCCGGCUCGGUGCUGGAUGCCCGCGGCCGCCCCGUCUGCCUGUACCCCGAGGUGCCGGCUGUGCUGGAGCGACUGCAGGGCCUGGGCGUCCCCAUGGCAGCCGCCUCCCGGACGGGCGAGACCCGCGGCGCCAUCCAGCUGCUGGAGCUCUUCAGCCUGCGCCGCUUCCUGCGCUGUGUGGAGAUCUACCCCGGGGGGAAGAGCGCCCACUUCCACAGGCUGCAGCAGGACACCGGGGUCCCCUUCGCCCAGAUGCUGUUCUUCGACGACGAGGAGCGCAACAUCCGGGACGUCAGCCAGCUAGGUGUCACCUGCGUCCUGGUCCCUGAUGGAAUGACCCAGGCGCUCCUCACCCGGGGGCUGGAGGCCUUCGCUCGCUCCUGACCCCCCCAAGGGCAGAAUAAACUCCAGAGUGACUGAG